CACUAUAGUAUUGGCCAUCCACCUUAUGUACAAAACAAAGAGGUACAGAACUGGCUAAAACCAAUCACCACCACGUCCACAAGAAUAAUCUAUUCAGCCGGCGCCGGCGACAAAAAGAACCCAUCGGGCUAGCCACGACGCGGCCAAAUUCCAGAACAACAUGGACCUCGCUACCGCCGGAGAGAGUGGAGGGCGGCGGCUGCCUCUGUCGGAGGUGGUCUCCGAUUGCGUCAGGCGGUGGUUCGAGGACACCCUCAGGGAUGCCAACGCCGGUGACAUUGAGAAGCAAGUGCUUGUCGGCCAGAUGUAUUGCGCUGGCUAUGGUGUUCCUAAAGAUGUCGUUAAGGGAAGAGCUUGGAUUGAUAAAGGUCAGAAAGUGGGAGAUAAGGACCCUGGUUAUAAUGCCAUUGACUCCGAUUCACAAGCAGCCGCACACUGACAAUUCUCUGCUAAAAUUAUGAGCUGGAGAGGUGAGCUUGAUACAUCGAUCCAAUUUUGGGCAUUUCUCAUCUCAUAUUGUGUACUUCUAAUUGGAAAUGUUGAUUCAUGAAUAAGUUGAUAUCUUUAUUAACAUGAAUGUGCGCUGAUCCAUGCCGAAACUGUGACAUUACAUAUGCUGGUUGAUACUUUAACUAAAUUAAACCAGGACUGCUACACUUGGGACAGUGCUGUUGUUUGGUAAUCGUUUUGAUAAUUGGUAGUCACUAGUCAGUAUGGUUUGGGUGCAGAAAGAAUACAAUGUUAUGAACUUUCAUCUUCCUUCACGUUUGUUUUUCCUCCAUUCCCAUGGCUCUUGAGGAUUCUUCGAAGCCCAUAACCCAACACGCUUUGCUCGAGCCUGCUUUUCCCACUAGUUGAUAUACAAAAAUGGUUGAAGUUAGAGAACAAUUAAGGCAAAUCUUUUUU